UUGAAACACAAGACUUGCAAAUAACAGUACUCAAGACGUAUCCAGAGCUAUAGAUGGGUUCGCUUUUCACUAAGAACGCCAAAAAUGGGUUUUUUCUUCUCCCGCAAUCGAAGUCUAUCUUCGAGAGCCAGGUGAACUCUUCUCAACUUUUGUCAGCAUUAUGGCAUAAAUCAAAGAAUGUGGAUCAAAUAACGGUCAAUUCGCCCACCACUCUUCCAGUGGACAUUAAACCAAAGACUGUGAUCCAUAGGGAGGUGGCUAUGGCCAACCCUGACAAGAAAGGCUUUUCAUUAAGCGUUAAACAGCUGACAGCAUACGCAAAAUCUUUACUUUCUUUCUAUAAGAAUGGGGUGGUAAAUGUGUGGAAGAACAAGUCAGCUAUGAAUAGGAUCAAGAAAAGCGAUUAUAAGUUGACUGGACAUUUGAAUACAAAGGGCGAAGAUGCCGAUAUACGAAUCCCUAGUUUUGCCAAACUCACUUCCGAUAUGGCCCAGGCGCUUUAUAUUAGCAAAGUUGAAAAUGAAACCGUUAGGGAUGGGAGCCAGACAGUGGUCAAGAACGGUCAGCCAGAACGCAUAGUAGAUGAGCAUAUGUUCAAUAUUUCCAGAAAGGACUACCAAUUGUUGAAAAGAACGUCCAUUGAUUUCAUCAAGCUUCCAACUUUUGCAGUGAUUAUUAUGAUAUUUGCAGAGGUUACCCCGAUUCUUUGCUAUUGGAUACCGGAAAUCACUCCCCUGACGUGCGUGUUACCUUCUUUAAUCCCUCGCGUAUGGUCACCUAAAGCUACUAUACAACUCCGUGAUUCAAGAUUAGAAGAAAAUACCCAGCAUUCAUUACAAGACUUAGCUUUGAAAAACGCUUACAAUCUCCCAUUGAAAGACGUGAGAUUGAUCUGCCAGGCUUUGCGUCUAGUAAGUAAAUACGUUCCGAUUUCGAUAUACCCAGAACCAGUGUUACGUCGUCGUUUACAGGAUUAUUACUGUUACCUAAAAGUUGAUAAUUACUAUUUGAGUGGUUUGAAUGGUAAGGCUUCAGGUAACAUCUGGAACUUAUCAAACCAGGAAUUGGUUCUUGCAGCUCUCGAAAGAAAUAUCAUUUUGGAUAUCGAAAGUGAAACCAAACGAUACGAAGAAUUAGCUGAAGAAACCGCUAAAACCGCAGAGAUGAACAAGUAUUUCGACGAGUUGAGGUUAAAACUAUUACACUUCAUAAUUGACUUUGAAAACUACAACGUUGGCUACUUAGGUGUCAACCAUUUGGUAGAGGAUCCAGCUGACUUCGAAACAGUAAUGGAAUGGAGAAGAAAGGACUGAUUAUGAUUAUCGAAUAUAGGAACAACACACCCGUACAGCA